CCGAAUUCUUUUCGGAUAAUCGGUCUCUGCUUCCCUGCUAAUUGCUCUGAGUCUGAUCUGAAGCAACUUUUCGAGCCUGUACCGUUUAUUGGACCAUAUAUUGAAAUAACUUCCUGUGUAGGACCAUACCCUUGGAAGCCCUGGGCCAUUGUCACAGUAUGCAUUUUGUGUUUCUUCCUGUUAUUGGUAACCAUGGGAACGGUGUACCACGUGAUGAUUCGUCCAAGGAAGACCAGCAAAUAUAAAGUAGAGGCUAGUUUGGAGAAAACUGCGGAGGAGCAAGAAAAAAAGGAUAAUUCCUUUGAAAAGACCGACUUAGAACUUAAGUACGGCAGUAAUGGAACGGCGACUGUUGCUUCGAAGAAAGAUCUGGAAGCUAACGGUCAUGCGACCCACUAUAAUGAAGGAUUCGUCGAUGAAGAGGGUUCUAAAAGCAAUUCGAAUGACAAUAACUCUCCGGCUGAUCACGCCCGUGGAAAGGCAAAACCCCCUCAGCAAAAGACCAAGACGUCAGGUUUUAUCGAUGAUAUCAUGAUGGGAUUUUCAUCCAUCAACAACGGCUCGAAAAUACUUAACACCGAAUCAACGGCAGGAAAUCUCGGCGCUUUAAACGGCAUUCGUGUCAUCAGCAUGUGGUGGAUUAUUCUCGGCCACACUUUAUACUACCUUAUUUUUGGCUAUCUUGAUAAUGCCACUUACAUGUAUUACAAGCUCUACAACUCCUUCCUAUUCAGCGUUAUUGUCAGCGCAAAUUUGUCCGUAGACACCUUCUUCUUUUUAAGUGGGCUCCUACUCACAUAUCUCACCUUGAAGCAUCUUAGGAAAGCCAAAGGCAGACUGAACUGGUUUCUCUUCUAUCUGCACCGCUUCGUCCGUCUCACUCCGGCCUACAUGGUGGCCAUCGCCAUAUGGGCUAGCCUGGCCAUUCAUUUUGGCCAGGGACCCGCUAAGAAGAACUUCUUCGAAGCGGCAGCGGACGCCUGCCGGAAGUACUGGUGGACAAAUCUGCUGUACAUAAACAACUUGUACCCGUUUCCUGGCGAUUUAGGACUCCAGUGUCUCGGUUGGUCUUGGUAUCUGGCCAACGAUAUGCAAUUCUUCAUCAUUAGCCCCAUCAUCAUCUACUUGCUGUACAAAAACGCCAAGCUGGGAAUGAGCCUGAUAAUGGUAUUAUGUCUGGGCUCUUUUGGCAUCACUGCCUAUCUAGCUGCUUAUUACGGGGCACCAGUUGGACUUUACCCCGCUUACAACAACAAUACAGUCGUUGUCUACGGGAGCACCACAGCAGACGUUAUAUACGGCAAGCCCUAUUGUCGUAUCCCAGCUUAUUUGGUUGGCAUGGUUUUUGGAUACGUUUUCUGUCAGGUGCAGGGGAAACCCUUUAAAAUGAGCAAGUGCCUCAACCUCUUCAUGUGGUUUUUGUCUACGGCUGUCGCCCUGUCUGUCGUGUAUGGGCUGUACAGGGACGAAGGAGGCGUACCACAAUAUGCCGCCGUGUUGUAUACAGUUUUCUCGCGACCUGCUUUUGUGAUGACCGUAGGCUGGGUCGCAUUUGCCUGUGUUGUAGGCUAUGGUGGACCCGUCAACAGCCUGCUGAGUUGGGGUGUCUGGGCUCCCUUGAGCCGCCUCACCUACGGUGCCUACCUCCUUCAUUCCAUCAUCUUGUACGUCAUCUACACGAGUUCCAACGUACAGUAUCACUUCAGCUACAUGGAAUGGGUGUGCCUGUUUUUAGCUAAUUUGAUAUUGGCGUACGGGGCCGCCUUCAUAAUGUCGAUCGGCGUGGAAGGUCCGUUCAUGGGACUAGAGAAAGCUCUACUAGGUGGAGGGAUGCGAGGCAAGAAGAAAUGAGAACUGGUCCCGCGUACAACUGCGGGUGUG